GCAACCAAACUCGCAUCACUGCUGGAUAUUGCUAAACAUACGUUUCUGUACCAUCUCAUUGAUUUUCUCAUGUUGAUCUCUUUCCUCUGAGUGCCAGGAAUGUUUUCCAACUGCUGCUGGGAGGUCAGGCGUCUGUGUUUUCACCGAGAGUUGGUUUUUGGGAGGAGUACGGAUGAGGCAGGAGGAGUUUGCUGGGUGGAUAAAUGGAAGGAGCUGCACCAGGACCCGGAUGAGGAGGAUGAGGAAGACUCUGCUGCCGCUGCUGGCCUCUCUGGCCUUUGCCUCUCUCACGGCUUCGGCUGAUGGAGCUCCGCUCAAAGUCAUGUCGGCCCCCAACCUGCUGAGAGUGGAAACAACAGAAAACAUCUUUGUGGAGUGUCAGGACUGCACCGGGGGAGACAUCAGUGUCCAAAUCAACGUGAUGAACCACCCAACCAAGACUCAAUUCCUCGAUUUCACCUCUGUGACUCUCACCAGGCAGAAUAACUACCAAAUGUUUGGACAAGUCAGGGUCCCGGCUGCAGCAUUCAGCAAGGAUCCCAGCGUGAAGCAGUACGUUUACCUGCAGGCUCAGUUUGACGAUCAGUUACUGGAGAAGGUCGUCUUAGUUUCCUUCCAGUCUGGACACAUCUUCAUCCAGACAGACAAGACCGUCUACACCCCCGACAGCAGAGUUCUCUACAGGAUGUUUGCUGUGACGCCCCAGAUGGAGCCUGUGGAGAGGGAUCCACGAACCAGAUAUGAAGCUGAUGUCACCGUUGAGAUUGUGACCCCUGACGGCAUCAUUUUCCCGCUCGAUCCAGUCUCUCUGAGAUCAGGGAUUCACUCUGACGCUUAUCAACUCCCCAAAAUCGCAAGUCCUGGCCUGUGGAAGGUGGUGGCCAGGUUUCAGAAUAAUCCACAACAAAGCUAUUCAGCAGAUUUUGAGGUCAAAGAAGACGUGCUUCCCAGUUUUGAGGUGAAGCUCAAGCCUCAGGUGUCCUCCUUCUACGUGGACAGCAGCGACCUGACUGUGGACAUCAGAGCAACGUAUCUGUCCGGUGGAGCGGUGGACGGGACGGCUUACGCGGUGUUCGGGGUUACGCAGGACGGACAGAAGAAGGGCUUCGCAGCCUCUCUUCAGAAGCUCCCAGUCCAGCGGGGCGAGGGGAGGGCCGUACUGAAGAGGGAGCACAUCACUCAGACCUUUCCCAACAUCCAGGAACUUGCCGGAGACUCCAUUUUUGUCCAUGUCAGCGUGUUGACCAAGCUGGGUAGUGAAAUGGUGGAGGCAGAAGUCAGAGGCAUCCAGAUUGUCUCUUCACCCUACACCGUCCACUUCAAGAAAACUCCCAAAUACUUCAAACCAGGAAUGUUAUUUUAUCUCACGGUUGAAGUUUUGAACCCCGACGAGACUCCAGCCGGAAACGUUUCGGUGUCGGUUUUUCCCGGAGACAUUCAAGGUGUCACUGCGAGCAACGGCAUCGCAAGGAUCGCCGUCAACACAGAGAGAAACACUCAAAGUCUCAACGUCAGAGCCAGGACCAACGAUCCUCGACUCGCGCCGAAAAUGCAGGCAGAGGCCGGAAUGACGGCACAUUCAUACGCCAGCAGCUCUGGCAGAUUCAUCCAGAUUGGUGUGGAUUCAGCAGAUCUACAAAUAGGAAACAUCCUGAAAGUCCGUCUGUACUUAUACAGUUUGACAUAUGAGAAUCGAGACAUCACCUACCUGAUCCUGAGCAGAGGUCAGCUGGUGAAAUUCGGACGUUUCAAGACACAAGGACAAGUGCUGAUCCCCCUUAUUGUUCCCAUCACCGAAGAAAUGCUGCCGUCCUUCCGCAUCGUCGCUUACUACCAUGCAGACGAUGAAGUGGUGUCAGACUCCGUUUGGGUGGACGUGAAAGACUCCUGCAUGGGCUCGUUGAAACUGGAGCUGGAGAGACCCGCAGCAUCCUAUCCCCCUCGCAGGAUGUUGCGUCUGAAGGUCACCGGAGACCCCGGCGCCACGGUGGGACUGGCGGCGGUGGACAAAGGCGUCUACGUCCUGAACAACAAGCACCGGCUCACGCAGAAAAAGGUGUGGGACAGAGUGGAGGAGCACGACGCUGGCUGCACGCCCGGCGCAGGGAAGGACGGCAUGGGAGUUUUCUACGAUGCGGGGCUGCUGUUUGUGACCAACACUGCUUCAGGAACUCCUCAUAGACGAGAAUCAAAAUGUGCAGAACCUCAGGCAGCGAGACGGAAGCGAGCGUCUCCUCUCAUGGAGGUUCCUACCACUUUAGUUGAUAAAUACAAGUCGAACAAGCUGCAGAAGGACUGCUGCGUGGAUGGUAUGAGGGAGACGCCUCCUUCAUACAGCUGUGAGAGACGCAGCGAGCACGUCGCCGACGGCCCGGCCUGCGUGGAGGCUUUUCUGGACUGCUGCAGAGAGAUGACCGCGCAGCGAGCUGACCACAAGGAGGACCGUCUCAAACUGGCGAGACGAAGACUCAGCAGGAGGUCGAUGUCCGACGCGUAUUUCAUUGACCCGUUAGGAGACGAGGACGAUGACAGUUACAUGGACAGCGAUGAUAUUGUCAGUCGCAGCAAGUUCCCUGAAAGUUUUCUGUGGACUGAUGUCAAACUGCCCCCCUGUCCUGCAGGAUUACCGUGCGGACUGACAUCCGUUCAGAAAAGUGUCCUCCUGCCAGACUCCAUCACGACCUGGCAGCUCACCGGCGUCAGCCUGUCGCCGACUCACGGAAUCUGUGUUGGAGAGCCGUUGGAGGUCGUUGUCCGUAAAGAAUUCUUCAUCGACCUCAGCCUGCCGUUUUCUGCUGUCCGAGGAGAGCCGCUGGAAAUCGAGGCCGUCCUCCACAACUACACUCCUGAUGCAAUCACUGUGCGAGUGGUUCUGAAGGAGGAGCAGCACGUGUGCAGCGCAGCGUCCAAACGUCGGCGGUAUCGACAGGAGGUCAACGUCGGACCCCGAACCACAACAUCGGUGCCGUUCAUCAUUAUCCCCAUGAGGGAGGGAGAGGUCCAGAUCGAGGUCAAAGCGGCUGUCAGGGACUCCCCGCUCAGUGACGGCAUCAGGAAGAGGCUGCGGGUGGCGCCUCACGGUGUACUUGUUAGGAGCUCUAAGGUCGUCACUCUGGACCCUAAAGGUGGAACACAAGAAGAAAUUCUCAACAGUCGAAUUCCCAGAAAGGACAUGAUUCCAAACUCACCUCAGAGCACGCACAUCUUUAUCACAGGGAGACGAGACGUUUCAGGUCCCGUGGAGAACGCCGUCAAUUCGGCGGGCGCACUGAUCUACCGGCCCUCAGGCAGCGGAGAGGAGAACUUGAGCCACAUGACUCGGCCUGUCAUUGCAACCGUAUAUCUGGACAGAACCAACCAGUGGGAGACCGUCGGCUUUCAGAGACGUGCUGAAGCCCUUCAACACAUCAAGACUGGCUACAGUCGGGAGUUGACUUACCGUAAAAGGGAUGGGUCUUUUACCGUGUGGCCGAAUCGCCUGAGCAGCUCCUGGCUGACAGCCUUUGCUGCUAAGGUGCUGACCAUGGCCCAUGGUCUGGUGGCGGUGCAGGAAGAAGUGAUCUGCGCUGCCAUCAAGUAUUUAAUCCUCAACACGCAGCAGCCCGACGGCAUGUUUCGAGAAGCUGGAACCGUGAUCCACGCAGAAAUGACUGGAGACGUACAGGGAAGAGAUUCAGACGCCUCCAUGACGGCCUUCAAGCUGAUCGCCAUGCAGGAGUCACGGGCGCUAUGUGCCGCCACCAUUUUUAGUCUGUCGUUCAGCAUAGACAAAGCAGUGAGUUACCUGGAGAGGCGCCUGAACAGCCUCACCAAUCCUUACGCCGUCGCCAUGACUUCCUACGCGCUGGCCAACGAAGGCAAACUCAACCGGGAGGUCCUCUACAGAUUCGUUUCCCCAGAUUCGUCUCACUGGCCUGUAGCGAAGGGACAUCGAUACACACUGGAGGCCACAGCGUACGCUCUCCUGGCUCUGGUCAAGACCCGGGCUUUUGAAGAUGCCAGGCCUGUGGUGAGAUGGUUCAGCCAGCAGCAGCUUGUGGGCGACGGCUUUGGAUCAACCCAGGCGACAGUCAUGGCGUACCAGGCUCUGUCGGAGUACUGGAUCAGUGCUAAAAACCCAGAGUACAACCUGAACGUGGACGUUUUGAUGCCGGGCAGGGCGACGACUGACAAGUUCAACGUGAACAGAGAAAACCACCACCUCACAAGAACAUUGAAGAGUAAUGGAAUAAAUCAGGACAUGCCGGUGAGAGCCACAGGAUCAGGAGCAGCAACAGUAAAAAUGGUGUCCGUGUACUACGCUCCGCCUCAAGAAAAACAGAGUGACUGUCAGAGGGUCAACAUGUCAGUGGAGCUCGUCCCAGAAGCACAAGGUGUGAAUUUCCCCCAUCCAGAGAGGAAAGCCAGACAGCCUCUGUUGCUCUGCAGAGGUGGUGAAUGCGCCUGCACUGCAGGGAGCUGCAGUACGCAGAAGAAGGGCAAAAUCAGCAGUGAUGAGCGGAGCGCUAAGAUUUGUGAGACUACGCUGGCCAGCAAAACUGAUUUUGCAUACAAAGUACAGCUGGAGGAGACAGUCGCUGAUCCGUCCACAGACACUUACGCGAUGAGGAUACUGGACGUCAUCAAAGAAGACACUGAUGUUGGUCCUGUGGGUAAACUGCGCCCGUUCCUCAGCGCUCGGCACUGCAGAGCUGCUUUAGGUCUUCAAACGGGUAAAACGUACCUCAUCAUGGGCUCGUCCCGAGACAUCCUCAGAGACGACCAAGCGCGGACGUUUCAGUACGUGCUUGAUGAGAAGACCUGGGUUGAGUACUGGCCCACAACAGAAGAGUGUCCAACAGAUGAACACCGACUGUCCUGUUUGGGCUUGGAGGACAUGGUGGAUAUGUAUACAUACUUUGGCUGUCUGCCGUGA